AUUGAUGUUAAAAUUCAUUCUAAAUGCGUAUGCCAUUUCUACACUGCUACUUUUAAAUUUUCAUUUCCUAGGACAACUGUUUAAUUAUCCUCUCAUUAUUAUUAUUAUUAUUAUUAUUAUUAUUAUUUAUCUUCUCUGGUAUCAGCUGUAGCCGUGUGGGUUUGAUUUCAGUAUGUUGUCUCUUGUUUGUGCAUAGCUGUCUUUUUUCAAAUUAUCACAACCCUUCGUCCUCCAAAAGAGGGAUCCCAAUGUAGGUAUGUCACCAUAACAAAUUAAGUUUAUUUGAUUCUUGUUGGUUAAGCACCUUUUAAAUGUUUUCCAUGUGUUCUCGUGAAGUGAAGGUUGCAUAACAAUAUAAACUACUCAAAUGCAUUUUAUGGUUGCAGUUUGCAGGCACUAACCAAACUAUUUUGCAUCUUGUAUUCUGAAAAACCUGAGGUUUCAGUCUUAAAAAAGGAAUCUGAAGUUGUUUGCGAUUCUCUCCCGGGGAUUUUGUAUUCAAGCUUUUGUUUCAUUUUUGAUGUUUUUGUACUCAUUUACCACCAUUUGUUUUUGCAGAUUUGAUUUCUGCCGUGUGGUUGCUUGUAUGUUUCCCAUAAUCACCACUGAUGUUCCUUCAAAAGUGUCCAUAUGGAUCUUUAUAACUUGUUCUGCAGAUAAGCGGAUGGAUGGCAACAAUCAGAGUGCUGCUAAAAUUGCAGACAGAAGCAUCUUUGUUUGAUGUUAUGCUACCGAUUCACACAAGCCACAGCAAAUACAAAGGAUUACAAGGAUGUAGAUCACUUCUUGCCAUGUCCUUAAACACCUGUCUCCUAUGGUCAUGUCCACAACAGAUAGAAAUGCUUGUGUUUUGGAUAUUGAUUCAUAGAUAGCAAGAAAAUUAAGGUGCUAAUUUUCAUGCUUUCUGAUAGACCAAAUGGAUUUUGGAUCGAAUAAGUUCUUGUUGCAACAAUGGUAUUAUAAUUCACCUUUGGCAACACGGGACAGAUGAUACUCAGAUUCAGAUUGGCUUCCUUAUCAACAACGUUGAAGCUGCCAUCUAUGCUUCUUUAUGCAUUAAGGUUUGCCCAAAAGAACCUUCAGUGAUGUGUACAAAGCCAGAGUUUGCCACCGAGGACAAUGAGAAAGUUCAUUCCAUAGAAAGUCUCUCGUCUCAUGAUGUAGUUAUGCUUAACAUCUUUUAUGUAUUUUUCUGUGGUUGCUGUUUGCUAAACUCAUACUAUAUAUAUGUCAAACAUAUGAUCGUUUUCUAUUGAAAGAUGGUGUUUUGCUGCAUAUGGAGAUGAAAAGCUGCAC